CCGAAAACGAAAUCAAAUUGCUCUCCAAAGGGAAAAGCAAAAAAAAAAGCCGAUCUUGGCUUUUCUCUUCUCUAACCAAGUCUUCACCGCCGGCGUUUAUUCAUUCAGAUGGAGGGAAUUCAGAAUCCUAUUCACCGCACUGUGGAAGAGGUGUUUAGCGACUUUAAGGGUCGUAGAGCUGGUAUCCUCAAGGCUCUCACCACAGAUGGGCAGAAGUUUUACCUUCAGUGUGACCCUGAGAAAGAAAACUUGUGUCUUUAUGGACUUCCAAAUGAGACAUGGGAGGUUAACCUUCCUGUCGACGAGGUCCCUCCUGAGCUUCCUGAACCAGCUUUAGGCAUCAACUUUGCAAGGAACGGAAUGCCUGAAAAAGACUGGAUUACUUUGGUUGCUGUUCACAGUGACUCAUGGCUCAUCUCUGUUGCCUUUUACUUUGGUGCCCGUUUCGGGUUUGGUAAAAACGAGAGGAAGAGGCUCUUCCAGAUGAUUAAUGAACUCCCAACCAUUUUCGAGAUUAUAACUGGCAAUGCAAAGCAAUCCAAGGAUCAAUCUGCUAACCUCAACGGUAGCAGAAGCAAGUCUAGUGGUGUCAAGCCACGUCAAUCUGAGUCUCACACCAAGGCUUCAAAGAUAUCUCCACCACCAAGAGAAGAUGAUGAGAGCGGUGAAGAUGAGGAAGAUGAUGAACAAGGUGCGGUUUGUGGUGCGUGUGGAGAAAACUAUGAUGACUUCUGGAUAUGUUGUGAUGCUUGUGAGAAGUGGUUCCAUGGGAAAUGCGUGAAGAUCACACCUGCCAAGGCUGAGCACAUCAAACAUUACAAGUGUCCGAGUUGCAGUACCAACAAGAAGAUGAGAGCUUGAUUGAAGGUGUGGUAAUAACAUUAGGGACUGUGAAAGAGGAGAAAGUUUUUCACAGUUGAGCAAAAAGGCAGAAUAAGUGUUUAGUUAUGAGGAGGAGAAGAAGAAACAUAAGGCUUAUGAUUGUGUAGUCUUAAUGGGAUUGUUGAGACAGCUUUUGCAGUUAGUAAUGUCUUUGUGCUUUUUUUAUUUUAUUUUGCUGUUAAUGUUUAAAUGCUAUGACUAAUUUGUCUUAUGUUUCUGAGAAAAUUCUGUCUUUAGUCUGUCAAUUAGUUUUUUUUUUCCUCUUCUUAAUUUGAUAACAAUUAUUGAAACAAAUAGUGAUAAGAUAUGCUUGUAAUUUUUUCAAAUUUGAUAGGGAA